CAAACUGUAUGCUUAGACGGCUUGACAGAAAUGGUAGCAGAAGGUGAAUUUUGAACUUUUGUUGCAUACGUAUCCAGAAGAUGUUGCGUACUAUUUUGCGCAAGGACGCUGAUGGUGUGUUCGAAGCGGGCGUUUGGAUGUCUCUUUUCUUGGCAUAGAGGACACAUGCGUAGAGGACUCGAGCGAGAGCUUCGUUUGAGGCUGCAUCAGUGGUGCUGAAAGGAACAGCGACAGGCAGCGGGCUCGAAGGAGACCGUGCUGCGGCUUCCAGAAGCCACUUGAGUUUUUCUAACAUCUCCGGUUCGGUUUCAUGCGAUUAACAAUCCUCACAAUGGACUAAUCAUUCGUCUGUCUGUAGAAAAUGUGAACUGAUGUUACAAUUAUGCUAUUGGUAAAUACGCAUGCUUAUUGGGUUUGAAUGUCCGGGAUGAAAUUAGGAACAGCAUGCACUCGCAGCAAAUGAAUGGACACAGCCGGAUGUCCUGAAUGAAACUUAAAUAAAGCAGAAAUAUCUGUAGGAUGAAAACAUGGCCGCGCCCGGUCUCGCACCCCCAGGACCUGACAGCUUCAAGCAGUUCACCCCCGAGUCGCUCCGUAAUAUCGAGGAGCGCCAAUUCCAGGAGAAGAUCAAGAAGAAGCCCAAGCCCAAGUCGGACAGCAGUCACCGCGAGGAAGAAGAGGAAGAACCCAUGCCCAACGGUGAUCUGGAGGCUGGGAAGUCCCUUCCCUUCAUCUACGGGGACAUUCCUAAUGGGCUGGUGGCGGUACCACUGGAAGACUUGGACCCCUAUUAUAUAAAUGAGAAAACGUUUAUAGUCCUAAACAAAGGGAAAACAAUCUUCCGCUUCCACGCCACGGACUCCUUGUACGUCAUCAGCCCUUUUAGUCUCUUUAGGCGAAUAGCAAUUAAGAUUUUGAUACACUCGGUAUUCAGUAUGAUCAUCAUGAGCACCAUUUUGACCAACUGUGUUUUCAUGACGUUUAGUGAUCCUCCAGAAUGGAACAAGAUAGUAGAGUAUACCUUCACAGGUAUCUACACCUUCGAAUCGCUUACCAAGAUUGUGGCGCGAGGCUUUUGUAUAGACGGGUUCACUUUUCUACGAGAUCCAUGGAACUGGCUGGACUUCAUGGUGAUCUCUAUGGCAUAUGUAACAGAAUUUGUGGACCUGGGGAAUGUCUCGGCGCUGAGAACGUUCAGGGUUCUCCGAGCAUUGAAAACUAUUUCAGUCAUUCCAGGACUCAAGACCAUCGUCGGUGCUCUAGUUCAAUCGGUGAAGAAAUUGUCAGACGUUAUGAUCCUCACGGUCUUCUGUCUCAGUGUCUUCGCCUUGAUUGGACUACAGCUCUUCAUGGGCAACCUGCGGCAGAAAUGUGUCAUCUGGCCAAUCAACUCCACUGAGAACUUCCUGGCCAAUGGCAGUAAGGGCUUCGACUGGAACGAAUACAUCAUGAGCGAGAGGAACUUCUAUUUCAUUCCUGGGCAGCUGGAUGCUCUACUGUGUGGAAACAGCUCGGACUCAGGGCGGUGCCCUGAGGGCUACACGUGUAUGAAGGCCGGGAGAAACCCAAACUACGGGUACACCAGCUUUGACAGCUUCGGCUGGGCCUUCCUCACUCUCUUCCGCCUCAUGACCCAAGACUUCUGGGAGAACCUCUACAUGCUGACACUGCGAGCGGCAGGGAAAACCUACAUGAUCUUCUUUGUGUUGGUGAUCUUCGUUGGAUCCUUCUACCUGGUUAAUCUGAUUCUGGCUGUGGUGGCCAUGGCCUAUGAGGAGCAGAACCAGGCAACAAUAGAGGAGGCAGAGCAGAAAGAGGCAGAGUUCAAAGCCAUGCUGGAGCAGAUCAAGAACCAGCAGGAGGAUGCACAGGCUGCUGCCAUGGCGACCUCGGCGGGCAUGGUGUCGGAGGGCGACGGGGUGGAGGGGGGCGAUGCAACGGAGGGUGGAGGUCACCUAUCCCGUAGCUCCUCUGAUGCGUCCAAGCUCAGCUCCAAGAGCGCCAAAGAUCGACGCAACCGCAAGAAGAAAUCACGUCAGAAAGAGGAGGAGAAGAAAGAGAAGGGGGAGAAAGGCGAGAAGGUCGACCAUGAGAAGCACGUUAAGUCCGAGUCGGACGAUGGCAGCAGGAGGAGCAUCUUCCGUUUCCCAGGCAACCGGCUGGGACGCAAGUCGUCCAUCAUGAACCAGUCUCUCCUCUCCAUCCCAGGCUCGCCCUUCAUGUCGCGCCACAACAGCCGCAGCAGCAUCUUCAGCUUCAACAAGGGCCGCCCUCCCAAGGACGUGGGCUCGGAGAACGAGUUUGCCGACGACGAGCACAGCACGGUGGAGGAGAGUGAGGACCGCCGGGGCUCCCUGUUCAUCCCCUACCGCCGCAGCAGCUACAGCGGCUACAGCCAGGGCUCGUCGCGCCUCAUCAACCCACUAGCGCCCCACAUUGGAGGGAAAAGGAACAGCACGGUGGACUGCAAUGGCGUAGUGUCACUCAUCGCUCACCAGCCCGGCGGGAGCCUUCUGCCUGAGGUGAAAAUAGAUAAGGCAGCCACUGACGACAGUACCACAGAGGUGGAGGGGAAGAAGAAACACUCGGGCUCCCUGAUGGUCUCUGUGGACCAGCUCAACCGCAACAAGGACCGGACCAACAGUGUGAUGAGCGUGGCCACACAUACACACUCACAUACUCUGCUGGAGGAGCUAGAAGAUUCUCAAAGGGCAUGUCCAUCAUGGUGGUAUAAGUUUGCCAACCUCUUCUGUGUGUGGGACUGCUUUCCGUUCUGGCUGAAGAUCAAGUAUGUGCUCAACCUGAUCGUCAUGGACCCUUUUGUAGAUCUGGCUGUCACCAUCUGUAUCGUCCUCAACACCCUCUUCAUGGCCAUGGAGCACUACCCCAUGACUCCUCGCUUUGAUGAGACGCUGUCAGUGGGCAAUCUGGUUUUCACUGGUAUCUUUGCUGGUGAGAUGUUUGCCAAGCUUGCUGCCAUGGAUCCAUACUACUACUUCCAGGAGGGCUGGAAUUGUUUUGACAGCUUCAUCGUGACCCUCAGUUUAGUCGAGCUGGUAUUGGCUGACAUUGAGGGUCUGUCUGUGCUCAGGUCAUUCCGAUUGCUGAGAGUGUUUAAGCUGGCCAAGUCGUGGCCCACACUCAACAUGCUCAUUAAAAUCAUUCAUUCUUCUGUGGGAGCCCUGGGAAACUUGACCUUGGUGCUGGCCCUUAUCGUCUUCAUCUUCGCCGUGGUUGGCAUGCAACUGUUUGGAAAGAACUACAAGGACUGUGUUUGUAAGAUCGCAAUAAGCUGUAAGCUGCCCCGUUGGCACAUGAAUGACUUCUUUCACUCAUUUCUCAUGGUGUUUCGAGUUCUGUGCGGGGAGUGGAUCGAGUCCAUGUGGGACUGCAUGGAGGUGGCCGGCCAGAACAUGUGCAUGAUCGUCUUCCUGAUGGUCAUGGUCAUAGGCAACUUGGUGGUGUUGAACCUUUUCCUUGCCUUGUUGCUGAGCUCGUUCAGCGCAGACAACCUGGCACCUUCAGACGAUGAUGGAGAACAGAACAACCUGCAAAUAGCCGUCGGUCGAAUAAAGACGGGGAUUGCCUGGGCCAAGGUCUUUGUAGCCGAGGUUAUGAAGAAGGAGGAGGAAGAAGCAGAGGAUGAGCAGAAGCAUCUUGAUGAGUUUGACGAGAAGCUUAACUGCAUUGCAAACCAGAAGGGCAUAGACAUCAACCGCGAGCUGGACUACAUCAAUGGCACUACCAGUGGUAUUGGCAGCAGCGUGGGCAAGUACAUGAUCGACGAGGACCACAUGUCUUUCAUCCACAAUCCCAACCUGACCGUGUGCGUUCCCAUUGCGGUCGGGGAGUCAGACUUCGAUAAUCUCAACACCGAGGACUUCAGCAGCGAGUCAGAUGUGGAGAACAGCAAAGACCUGGAUGACACUAGCUCUUCGGAGGGCAGCACCAUAGACAUCAAGCCUGACGUGGAGGAAGUGGUGGUGGUGGAGGUUGUGGAGGAGUUCCUGGACCCAGACGCCUGCUGGACAGAUGAAUGUGUUGCCAAGUAUAAGUUUUUGUACUUGCCCAUCGAUCAUGGCUGGGGGAAGCACUGGUGGUUCCUGAGGAAGACAAGCUACCUGAUUGUGGAGCAUAACUGGUUUGAGACCGUCAUCAUCUUCAUGAUCCUUCUCAGUAGCGGGGCGUUGGCCUUUGAGGAUGUGUACAUAAAUAAGAGGAAGACCAUUAAGAUUAUCCUGGAGUACGCAGACAGCGUGUUCACCUAUAUCUUCAUCCUGGAGAUGGUGCUCAAAUGGGUGGCCUAUGGCUGGGUCAAAUACUUCACCAACGCCUGGUGUUGGCUGGACUUCUUCAUUGUGGAUGUGUCUAUAAUCACUCUUAUAGCUAAUGCGAUGGGCUACUCCGAUCUAGGGCCCGUUAAAUCACUACGGACAUUGAGGGCAUUGAGGCCCCUUAGGGCCCUGUCUCGUUUUGAAGGGAUGAGGGUGGUGGUGAAUGCCUUGGUGGGAGCCAUCCCCUCCAUUAUGAAUGUGCUGCUGGUGUGCCUCAUCUUCUGGCUCAUCUUCAGUAUCAUGGGGGUCAACCUGUUUGCAGGGAAGUAUUACUACUGCUUCAACGAGACCUCAGAGGAGUACUUUAAACCGGACGUUGUCAACAACAAGACAGAGUGCUUUGCACUAAUCAACGCAAAUUACAGUGAGGUCAGAUGGAAGAAUGUCAAGAUUAACUUUGACAAUGUGGCUGCAGGAUACCUGGCACUUCUACAAGUGGCCACGUUUAAAGGCUGGAUGGACAUAAUGUAUGCCGCCAUUGAUUCUCGGAAGGUGGAGGAUCAGCCGAUCUAUGAAGACAACAUCUAUAUGUAUAUCUACUUUGUUGCCUUCAUCAUCUUUGGCUCUUUCUUUACCCUCAAUCUCUUCAUUGGUGUCAUCAUUGACAACUUUAACCAGCAAAAGAAAAAGUUUGGAGGUCAGGAUAUAUUCAUGACAGAGGAGCAGAAGAAAUACCACACUGCCAUGAAAAAACUUGGCUCAAAAAAACCACAAAAACCUAUACCAAGACCAUUGAAUAACUUUCAGGGCCUGGUAUUUGACUUCGUAACGCAGCAGGUGUUUGAUAUAUCUAUUAUGAUGUUGAUCUGCCUCAACAUGGUGACCAUGAUGGUGGAGACGGACGAUCAGUCAGAAGAAACUGACAAUAUCCUCUACUGGGUCAACUUUGUCUUCAUUGUUAUUUUUACUACUGAGUUUGUGUUAAAGCUCUUUGCCCUUCGCCACUACUACUUCACCAUUGGGUGGAACAUCUUUGACGUGGUUGUGGUCAUUCUCUCAAUUGUUGGCAUGUUCCUCGCAGAUAUCAUUGAGAAGUACUUUGUCUCUCCAACCCUCUUCAGGGUGAUCCGACUGGCCCGAAUCGGCAGAAUCCUGCGUCUGAUCAAAGGGGCCAAGGGCAUUCGGACUUUACUGUUUGCUCUGAUGAUGUCACUUCCUGCUCUGUUCAACAUCGGGUUGUUGCUCUUCCUGGUUAUGUUCAUCUUCUCUAUCUUUGGCAUGUCUAACUUUGGCUAUGUCAAGCAUGGGGCAGGAAUCGACGACAUGUACAACUUUGAGACAUUUGGCAACAGCAUGAUCUGCCUGUUUAUGAUCACCACAUCUGCCGGCUGGGACGGUUUGUUGUUACCCAUCCUCAACUACCCCCCAGACUGUGACCCACAACUGGAGAACCCAGGUGCACCAAAUACGGGCGACUGCGGCAACCCCUCGGUUGGGAUUUUCUUUUUUGUCAUGUAUAUUAUCGUUUCCUUCCUAAUCGUGGUCAACAUGUACAUUGCCAUCAUCCUUGAGAACUUUGGCGUUGCAACUGAAGAGAGUGCCGACCCGCUCAGCGAAGACGACUUCACGACCUUCUACGAAAUAUGGGAGAAGUUCGACCCAGACGCCUCGCAGUUCAUCACCUAUGGCAAGCUUGGUGACUUUGCAGACUACCUCGAGCACCCGCUCCGUGUUCCAAAGCCCAACACCAUAGAGCUGAUCUCCAUGGACUUGCCCAUGGUGAGCGGGGACCGGAUCCACUGCCUCGACAUUCUGUUUGCAUUCACCAAACGGGUACUAGGCGAUACCGGAGAGCUGGACAUGCUAAGGGAUCAAAUGGAACAACGCUUUAUUGCGGCGAACCCGUCCAAAGUGUCUUACGAGCCUAUUACUACUACUCUGAGGCGCAAGCAGGAGGACGUGUCGGCCAAAAUCAUACAGCAGGCCUACCGAAACUACCUUGCUAGACGCGGCUUCAAACGCAAGCGCAGACCUGCCAGUAACAAUAAUGUGAAGAAUGGGGGGACGAAUCCAGAAAAGGAAAAGAAGGAGGGUACGCCCUCCACUGCCUCUCUCCCCUCCUAUGACAGUGUAACCAAACCUGACAAGGAAAAACAGGAUGAGAAUGAAGGAAAGGGAGGGAAGAAGGAGGCCAGAAACCAAAAAGCCGUCAGGGAAUCUAAGUGUUAGAAUAUCGGAAUAAUAAUAACAGUAAUAAUUAUUAUAAUAAUAUAACUUCAAGCAAAGUGAGAGGAAACCAUCUAAUCCACAAAUGUACAGAUUAUUUCAUUUGCAAGUAAGAAAAAUAAUAAUAUUAAUAAUUUUGUUUACAGACUUCAUACUAUUGAUGCAGAGGGAAGCAGCUCAGUCUCUUACAGCUUGAAGACACUUGAACUUGAUUUAAUCUAAAAAGUAUACUGUCUGACAUUGUUGCAUCUAGACUACUGAUCUUAACAAAAGGGAAUGAAAAACAGACAAAAUAUGGAAGAAAUGUCUUUGUUUGCAAAAGGGCAGAUAGUGGAAUAGACAUAAGGAACAGAACUCUUCACUAAGAGGAAUGAAUGAGAAACGCUGAUAAGGGAUUUAAUGUGUGGGAUUCCCGCCAGCAAUGGAUUCCCAUGGAAAUACAGUGCUAUGCAGGAAAAACAUGGAAAUACUGCUUGACUUGAAGAAUCAUCUUCCAAAAGCAGCCAGAAGGGCCUCUGUAUCAUUUAAUUUAGACAUUCAUGGAGAACAUUUAUGGACAUUAUCACUCUGUAUGAACAAACAGAAGAACGGCUGAGAAGAGAAAAACAAAGACCCAGAGUAGCCUAAUGUAAGUUUUUUUUAUUUGGUUUGUUAAUGCUGAAUAUACUUGUAUCUCCACAUAAUUUGAGUGGCAAAAAAAGCAAAAAGGUACAAAACAAAAACAACAAACAUUUUCACUUAACUCUUCUUCUCAUUCUAUCUUUGUUAUAUCCACAUCAAAAGGCUUUUUCUACACGGGCUUUCACAUCGAUUGGUUAAGGGGCUGUUUAUUAAGGAGUCAUCUUGGGCCAAGGGCUUACAUUUACUCAGUCCGAUUUCCAAACAAAUACAUAAAUAAUUGUGCUUGUUCAGUGCAUAGUAAAUACUUGCAUGAUGGCAUGUUUUGAUCAGAAAUCUUGCAUGAAUAAUCAUAGUCCACAAGACACUAAUACUCAGACCACAACAGUGGCUCGAUUAUAGGUUUGAGGUUGUCCACUGUCAAAAAUUCAAAGUUAGAAGUAAAUCAUUAGUAUUAUGAUGAGAAACUUUGUGUCGAAUGAAUAGCAACAUUGUGGAUUUUAUGCAAACUAAUUGUAUUGCUGCUAUGGGAUGCAGAAGAGAUGGGAUUGGAUGUCUGUGUGUAUCAUUGAGUGUAUUUGGUGGAUUGUUUUAAGAGAAAAAAAUUAUUAUGUAAAUCUUAAAAAUCUUAUAUUUAUAAUUUGUAUGCAGAAAUAUCACUUACCUAAUUGACCAUGCCAUCUGCCUUUGUUUUUGUGUUGGAUGAGGGCAUUGUGGGAGUGUCUACGUUGGUAGGGAAUUGACAGGUGUAGCAAGCUAGUUUUGAUUUCAGAUUUUUCUCUAAGGCCAAUUUAGACUGUUCUACAAGGUUUGAGUGAGGAAAGAAUGUUGUAUUUUUGUUUCCAAUAACUGCUGUGUUUUAUUUCUUUACCAUGUGCUGAUUCAUUUGUACAUGUUGUGAUGGUUUACUAGUCUAUAUAAUUUUAACAUGUAUUUUCAGCCAUAACUAUGAGGGAAUUAAUAUUGGGCUAGGAAAUUAGAGAGAAAUACAAAUUGGUGUAUAGGGUUAAUUAUACGAGGAGAAGCCAAAGAGACCUGCCUUGUUACUCAUUGUCACCCUUUGUCCUUGGAAUGGGAGUGGGUGAACAGUGCCCCCCUGAUACCUAUUCUGUUCUUCGCUGUCAUUGUUAGACGGAGAGACCCUAGAAAUAUACGCAAUGCUUGAAGAGUUCACCCCUUUAUCUCAGGAGAUAUUACAGAUGUAUUAUAAUGAGCUCUGCAACUAAUUGCAAGUGAAUGUGAUGAUGAGAGUAUUUAUGAAAACGCAUUUUCCUGUGAUUUUGUGUGAUAUUAUGCCACGCUGUUGGACAAUGGUCUCAGCUGGCAAUAGCUCGGGCAGCCAGUCUGUCAGAGGCCAUACGAGCUUCCUUAAAAAAACAUUUAGAAAUAUAGGGCAAGAAGCAUCUCUUUGAAACGGCAACAUUUUGCUCGCUUGUAAGGGCAGCAUUUGUAUAGGUAGCGGAUUAUAUUUGUGGUUGUGUAGCUUUGGACUUAGGUCAGGUCUGAAUAAAAUAUAACAAUAAUACUGCUCACCCCAAUAGCAAUCAGAGGUACUUAGGAAACACUGUGAGGAGAUGUCAUGAGAGGUAAUAUGGAUUUGUUUGUUUGAGCAGCACACUAAAUUCUGUCAGAGGCAAACAGUAUGUGAGCAAUGUAGAGUAGGCCCCACAAUACAAUAUUUGUGAAAAAUGUGCUCCAAAACCCCUCAUCAGCCAUUCACUCCACUUGCGUAGAAAGCAUACCACGUAACAAAUACCAAAUAAUGAACAGAGCAGACCCCAAGAAGAGUCACUGCUGCCUUGGCAACAGCUAAAGGGGAUCCUAAUAAAAUACUAAAGGUACUACACCCAAGCUUUUUCACUUUCUGGUGUGCAGUGAUGUCACUUCCUAUUAAUGAAUAAAUCCCCUUCUCAAGUUCUAUAGUCCAGUUGCUGCAUGAGAGCUCCAAAAUCAUUGUGGGUGUUAACUUGAACCAAAUAAAACAAUGAAUGACAAGCAUAAAAGCUACUGCCUUCCAUUUUUCUCCAUGCCCAUCAAGGAUAUACAUGUAUAGAUGUGUAAACAGAACAAAUAAAAAAUAUUACAUACAUGCAUUUGAAAAAAAUCUAUAAAAAAUUCAUCUACAGUUGUAAAUGGCACAAAUUGCUGAAAAAUAACGAAUGAACUUUUUAAUAGACUAUAAAUAAUGUAAUAUAUCAUUUUAUUUUAUGCGUGCAUGCAUGCGCCGUUUUUUGUAAAUAAAGAAAUACUUACAAAAUGACUGCUAUUAAUCUAAUAAGAAAUAUGAUACCCAUAAAUAGAAUGGCUUCCAGCUGACACACUUUGUCACACUUGUUAGACUGUGACACAUUUGUUAGAUGGAGUAGAUUUUUGGAGUCACUUUUCACAUUAAAGAAGGAAGUAACUAAACAAAUCGAAAUUAAAUAGCAAAGACUUUAUGAAAAUCUAUAUAUAAAUUAAUACAUAUAUAGAGCUAUACUACAUACAUAGUUCUAAUAUUAGAACUAUGUGCUCAAUUCUCUCUUCCACUCCUUGUAUUAAGGACAAUGCAGUACCACAGACAGUAAUAGCUCACAUUUAAUUUUUGUGUGCAAUAUGUUCAGUGAAUGACCAAAACUCUGGACUGUCCAAGAUCUCAAUGUACUGGGGACCAGCAUAAAAUGCAUGGUAUUGUACUGGCUGCUUGCUGAGGAUUGUGUAGCCUGCGUUGGUGAGAGGAUUGCACUACCAGCACACCCUUUUGUACAUGUGUGAAGAUGUCUUGCCCACAACUUCAUCUAUCUCUUCCCACUGAAUAUAAACACACAUACACAUACGUACUGUACUGUACACACACACUGUCUAUCCUGAGACAAGCUGGUGCUGGCCGGUCAGUAUGCCCCAGUAUCCUGAGCCUCAGGUCGCCUAGUGUGACAGCUUUUUGCUCGUUUUAGCACUGACCUUCCUCCAUGUUCACCCUAAACACACACCAGUGCCGUUUGGAUUUCACAUUUCAUUUGGUUGUUAUUUUCUUAACGAUGUAUCUGAUCAUUUCAAGUUUUAUUGUCUUUGUUGUCUGUGUUUGUUUCUAGGUGCAAUAUCUCUUAAUGGCAUGUGCCUUUUAGCUGCCUAUUUAGACUUUAAUUAUUUAUUUUAAAGAGGAUCUCCAAACCCAUGGGUUUAGCAAAUCAAAAUGAAGCACGACGAAAACCAUGGAUUGACAAAAAUAUUCAAAAAUAACCAAUAAACUCGGAAACAACAUCACCUAGACUAGAUCAACUGAAUUAACAUCAUAUAGAGUCAUCUAGUACAAAUGCUCUCUCUGUAUUCUGUUCAAUGAUCAUUUAGCUGGUAAGAGAGCUUGCCUUCUGUUUUAGACUUGGGUUCAAUUCUGAUGUGGAUUUAUGAAUUGAUUUAUGUAGCAUUUAUUUUUUUAGCAUGACAGAUCUUUUAUUUAGCAUUUUUUGCAGAUUUCUUUUUUUUUUUAAAGCUUUUUGACUGUCGUUAUCUCUUGCCACUAAUACAGUCAGAGAAAGGACCGUGUGUUGCACAAUCACUUGGGACUUUAAGUGAGAAUCAGUGAAAGAUUGUCUUCAUUUGAGCACGAAUCUAUUCCCAAACAAUAAAGCAGCCUUCCAGUUA